AAAAAGACCGGAUAAAGUGGCUCGAGAAGACGCUGCACUACAAGACACUCAUGUGCGCUGGACCUGCAGAAGAUGAUCGAGACCUGCAAAAGUUCGCAGCAGGACGCGCGCCAGCAGAAUUCCAAACCGCUGACCUGAGUUUGAUUCUCCAAAGGGAAGAAGGGUUCUGGAACAAUAUGGGUUUAGUUCCCCCGGCGGAAACAAGGGCGUGUAUUGAGGAGAAAGGAGCAGCAUUCGCCGGGAUGAGUGAGGACCGUCCCAGACUGGAGAAGUUGCUCCGCAAGGGCUUUCAGCACAGGCACGGACAGCUUCUGAUGCAGGAGGACAAGCGCAGGAGUGUCGUCGCGAGCGAUCAUCAUAAGGAUCAUCAUGGUAGGGAAGAGCAUGGCAGACUGUUGCUGGACCUCACCAAAUUCGAGGUGGGAGCUCGUCGGGGAGGACCACGAAAUGUAGAUACGUUUGGGCGUGAAGUCGUGAGUGAAUUGCUUCUCUUUCUGUACGUGGACAUGCUCGAGGCACUACACGCCGGCGACGGCCAGGCGCCUUAUACCCCGCUCGGGUGUUUUUACGAUCUCAAACGUUACACUAGAAUCUGGAUUGUUGUCUUGCAUGACGAGCAUGACAGAAUCGCAAAGCGUUCCACUUUCUGCAAUACGAAUUUUGCCAGAUCAUUCUAGUGCGGCUUAGGACCACUCCAGAUCCUGUCAUGCGCAGUCCUGCUACGAGAGUACUAGGCUAGAUCAUGCACUUCUUGCAUCACAGAUUUUCACCAUAUUCUAUUGUAACGUUUGAGAUUGUAACAUCUGAGCAAGCCAUACGCCUCUCCCCUACAUUUUCGUCCUGGUCGAAGAUUACGACCGUGCAACUCGGGUCGCGGAGAUCUUUGGGACAGAGAGGACCACACGUUGGUGGGAGCGUGACAAAUCAAAUAUCCAGGUGCUCCAGCAUUCGGAUGAGGGCGGAAGCAUGGGCGGCACGGGCGAGGACGUCGUGAUAUCAAAUGCAAAAGUGUCUGGGUCUGGAAGAAUGCGACUUGUGAUGCUGCAUUUGGAUGUCUAAAACUAAAAAAUUUGUGUUACAUGAGCAGCAAGAGUAUAUCUAAUUUUUGCUACGCGGAGAGGGCAUUUGUCAUGCUAAGUAAUAGGCAUCAAGUUCAAGAAUCCCUCAAAAAACCUGUGACACUGGGGCAUGCAUCACAGACAUCAUGGCUCAUGCAAACUACCGUGCAUGACGAGUCUCAGAAUCUUCCAGACCCAAGCACUUUUGCAUUUGAUACGUGAAGUAUGCUGACGAUCACGGUGGCGAAACCGGGACGACCGGCCGUGGAGAUGGCCGCGUGCGCAAUGUGAUUGCAUUGAAGGUGAAGAGGGCAGAGAAUGAACCCGCCCUGAUCACCCUUCUGUACUUCGAGAAUCCGAAGGAAGAAGUCGACGACAGCAGCAUGAGCACGGGCACUUCUAGUAUGGGCGACCCGGGCUUUGAGAAAAUAGUCCACACGUCACUCUCGGGUGGCCCAGGGGAUUUCUCCGGCGGGGGAAAGAAGAAGCCCGAGGUUCAAACGUUGGCAUGGUUCAAGGAGUUGUGGAUCCCCAACAAAGAUCCGAACUUCGAGUGGCGUUUGGCCCCGCACCAGGGUGCUGGUGGCCCCUUGAAGUUAGAGGAACCACGUGACAAAACGGCGCGCGGCCAAGGCCUUAUUCUGCCGCUGCAGGGGUUCGCGGCACUGGCCUGGGCGCAAAAAACGGACUCCACGAGUACCUCCUCGUCACGGAAGUACAUGCUCUGGGAGAAGAACCAGUUAUUCCGUGAAAUAAAUUGACCAUUCCCAAUAAUUUUUUGCAUCACAAACACAGACUGUCCUACCUGUAGUUUUGCAUGACAAGUUGGAUCAUCAUGGGGAUGGUUAAAAAUAAAGUUCUCGGAAUACCAGUACCGCACUACGAAGCCACGAGGGGAGGUAAAAACGAUCCCGCCCGAAGACGAGCAGUAUUGGUCUCGAGGAAAACUCAAAGAAACGAAAGGCUUUGAUUUCGCGGGUCAGGACCUACAGUGGGACGCACAGAUUUUCUUCACCGGGUACUCCUUGACGGCAUCUUCCCAGCUGCCGCAGGGUCUAGCAGCCGCCCGAAAAGCGUGCCAGUCACUCGGAAAUUUGAAGUUCGGGUCUAAAGAUGGAACAAGUGAUACGGCUGAGCGGCAUAUACUCCCACAGAUCUGCUUAGACGGCCCGGAUUCCCCCUUCUAUGGAGGGGAAAUGUAAUGUAGUGAUCUUCCCGGGAGCUGCUGCUAGUGCUAGACCCAAGUAGAGAAAAAGUUCGCCUGUCGCGCGGAUUCGCCUAUAGACCUCUUUUUGUGACGACCUAAAGCGGCCACCUGAAAUCCUUCCAGACGGCAUGGAAGCAAGUGACUGACUUAUGGUGUGCUCGGUGCAUGACAAAACAGAAGGAAAUAUUAAGAAAAGUAGUAAGUCCGCAUGUUGACUACAGGCUGCGCUUUUUCUUAGGGGAGGUAGCAGUUGCCCCUAAAAAGAUCACACUCCUCUACCCUCAAUACCUUGUUCGGCUAUUUCCCCAGUGUGCUUAGCGGAGGUCCGCUCGUCCUGCCGCAACCGCGGGAAAUGCAAGCUACCGCUUCAAAACUAGACAUUGAUAAGUUCUUAUUUCGGCACCACCUGCACGUGCAGCACACCCUGCAAAGUGGGUAUGACGCCCGAAGGCAGUUUACGAAGGACGAGAAGGCCCCCCGGCUGUUGAUUGAUCUUACCGGACUACCUGUUUUAUUUUCGCCGCCCGAGCCUGACAGCCGGAAUCCAUCCUCAUCUAUGGCGAAGGCGAUUCCUUACACGACGAAACUUUUUCCGUUCGUUCGCGAAAACUUUCAGGCUGAUCACGGUGCGCAUAAGGCCCCGCAAGGAAGUGUUCAAGAAGGAAAAUCUUCAAGUAGACAGCCUUCACCUUUUCCGCCUGACAUUUUCGUGGUGGUGGACAGCCGCGAGUUGGCGCGCGAGGUCGCGGCAGCCCUGCAACUCAGCCCGGAUUCAAUAUCAAAUGCAAAUAUGUCUGGGUCUGGAAGCGUUGGGGUUUGGCAUGCACAUUUUGCAUGGCCCCUGAGGUCUGCGAUGCAGGUCCUAGCAUCACAGAUUUUUUAGUGCUUAUCACGCAUCAUGAGAAGUGUUGCCCUCUCCGCGUGCCAAGAACUGGACUCCUCUUGCUGCUCAUGCAACACAGAUGUUUUUAGAUUCCGCAGGCUCAGGCAGCGCUACAAACAAGCUCCACCCUGCUUCCAGACCCAGACAUAUUUGCACUGCAUAUCCAAGCAACCUCUACCGAGUUGGAGGCGUCGACGAGGACUUGUACGUUUUGCAAACGACGGAAGAUGUUGUUGCUGGUGAAAAAGAAAAACGCAAACCCCUCGACAACGUGUUCGCCUGGAAGCUGA